AUGAAAUUCAAUUGCAAAGUUAGCUCAAACCCAAGCAAAGCCAGAAAAGCUCUUUACACUGCUAAUGCUUCCCAAAGAGCUCUCAUAAUGAGUGCUAGACUCUCUAAAGAACUCAGAGAAAAGUAUAAUGUUAUUGCCAUCCCAAUUCACAAGGACGACGAAGUUAAAAUCAUUAAGGGACAUCAAAAAGUUGCUGGAAAAGUUACUGCUGUUAGAAGAAGCAAAUAUGUUAUCAAUAUUGAUAAAUUAACUAAGACUAAAGCUAAUGGACAAACUGUUCCAAUCGCUAUUAGACCAUCUAAUGUUAUUAUUACUAAAUUAUUCUUAAAUAAGGAUCGUGAAGCAUACCUUGCCAAGAAAGCUGAAAGUAGAAAAUCAUAUAAGGAACUCGUUGCUAAGAGAAACGAAGAAGUAGCUAAAGUCUUUACUGCUGCUUAUCCAGCUCUUACUAUGGAUAUUUUCGGAAAGAAAGUUGAACCAAUUACUGAAAAGAAAUCAAUUAGAAUUCCAUCAAAGAAAAUGGCUGAAAAACUUAUGUCUAAACCAACCCUUAGAGCUUACAAAACUGGAAUUAAGGUUCAUAAGGCCAAGAAUGCUAUUGCUGCCUACAAAGCUGCUCUUGCUAAGAAAAUCGCUAAAUAA